GGAAACUCAGGCGGAGCGCCUCUAAGGUUUUGGAGAGCUGUUCAGCGUAGAAACAAAGUGUAAACCGCAAGAAAACAAAACAGUGGGCCUCCGCCAGUUUUAAUAAGUUACGCUGCUCCAAAGGAGUGUGUUUAGGAGAGCGGAAGUGGUUAAGUUUCAGCUUCUUCCAUUCCUCCCGGAUACCCUCCUGGAAGUUCAAGUUAAUUGGCUCCUUUCAGUUGUCUCGGUUCUCUCAGGGAAGCUUCCUCGUCUCCCUGGCAACCUGAGCUGCCACCAAUUGAAGCUGAGGAUUGGUGGUCACGUGUCCCCUACCCGUUCCCGAGCGGAGGCACGAUGGCGGCCCCGGCAAGCCGUAGCUGCGAGAUUUGAAUUACCCUACUUGUAGCUGCUGCGUCCCUAAUGAUGGCGUCUCCGGCGUUGUGCGGUUCACGUCAGAGCCCAGAGGGACUCCCUGGAGACCCUUCCUCACAAGAAGAAGAUGCGGAUUGUGAUCCUGAAGAUCCGGUCAGCGACUCGGGUUCAUACUCCUCUACGAGUACCGAUUAUGAUGACCUUGAGCCUGAAUGGCUGGACAGUGUGCAGAAGAAUGGAGAGCUAUUUUAUUUGGAGUUGAGUGAGGAUGAAGAAGAAAGCCUCCUUCCUGAGACACCUACAGUGAACCAUGUCAGGUUCAGCGAAAACGAGAUUAUUAUUGAAGAGGAUGAUUACAAAGAAGGAAAAAAGUAUGAACCCAAACUCAAGCGGUUUACCAAGAUUUUAAAAAGUAAAAAACUUUUACCCAAACGCUAUAAUAAAAAAAAUAGCAAUGCCAGUGGGCCAGUAUCUAUUCUAAAGCAUCAGUCCAAUCAGAAAACAGGAGUUGUUGUCCAACAGCGGUACAAAGACGUGAACGUUUAUGUGAACCCCAAAAAGCUAACCGUCACCAAAGCCAAAGAGCAGCUCAAGCUUCUGGAAGUACUGAUUGGGAUCAUCCAUCAGACCAAGUGGAGCUGGAGAAGAAGUGGAAAACAGGGCGGUGGAGAGAAGCUUGUGGUCCAUGGCCUGCUACCAGGAGGAUCUGCUAUGAAGAGUGGUCAGAUAUUAAUUGGUGAUGUCCUUGUUGCCGUGAACGAUGUAGAUGUGACCUCUGAAAACAUAGAGAGAGUUCUGUCUUGCAUUCCUGGACCUAUGCAGGUGAAACUGACGUUCGAAAAUGCACACGCUGUGAAAAAGCAAACAACUCAACCAAGACAGAAAAAGGCACAGUCAAACACAAGUGAUUUAAUCAAACUUCCAUGGGGAGAAGAGGUCAAAGGUACCCAGCAGAAUAUUCUAAACACUCCUCACAUCGUUAUGUAUCUCACACUACAGCUCGACUCGGAAACAUCAAAGGAAGAGCAGGAAAUCCUAUAUCAUUAUCCAGUAUCUGAUGCAUCUCAGAAACUUAAAAGUGUGAGAGGCAUAUUUCUCACACUCUGUGACAUGUUGGAAAAUGUAACUGGGACACAAGUUACUAGCUCAUCCCUUCUUUUAAAUGGGAAACAAAUUCAUGUAGCUUAUUGGAAAGAAUCUGACAAGCUGUUGUUAAUUGGCCUGCCUGCAGAGGAAGUUCCUCUUCCUCAGCUAAGGAAUAUGAUUGAAGAUGUUGCCCAAACCUUAAAAUUUAUGUAUGGUUCUUUAGAUAGUGCCUUUUGCCAGGUUGAGAAUGUUCCUCGUUUGGAUCAUUUUUUCAGCUUGUUCUUUCAAAGAGCACUUCAGCCUGCUAAACUACAUUCCAGUGCCUGUCCCAGUACACAACAAUAUGAUGUUUCCAGUGCAGUACUUUUAGACAAUCUCCCUGGAGUUCGGUGGCUCACACUUCCACAGGAAAUUAAGGUGGAAUUAGACACAGCACUGAGUGACUUGGAGGCUGCAGAUUUUGCAGAACUGUCUGAGGAUUACUAUGACAUGAGACGGCUAUAUACAAUUUUGGGCUCUUCUCUAUUUUACAAGGGUUAUUUGAUAUGCAGUCAUUUGCCUAAGGAUGAUCUUAUUGAUAUUGCUAUAUACUGUCGCCACUAUUGCCUACUGCCUUUAGCAGCAAAACAAAGAAUUGGUCAGUUGGUAAUAUGGAGAGAAGUAUUUCCUCGACAUCACCUCCAACCUUCUACAGACUCAAACACUGAAGUCUUUCAGGAACCUGAAGGGAGGUAUUUUUUGCUAAUUGUUGGCUUGAGACAUUAUAUGUUGUGUGUGCUAUUAGAAGCUGGAGGCUGUGCAUCCAAAGCUGUUGGGAAUCCUGGACCGGACUGUAUAUAUGUGGAUCAGGUCAAAACAACUCUUCACCAGCUGGAAGGGUUAGAUUCCCGCAUAAAUGAACGGCUAGCCUCUUCUGCAACCCCCUGUUUGUCUUGUGCUGACUGGUUUCUUGCUGGAUCACAUGAAAAAUUAGAUCAUUUAACAACCUCCCCUAUUCUCAGUCGGCUACAAGGUACUUCCAAAGUAGCAACCUCUCCAACAUGCAGAAGAACUCUUUUUGGUGACUAUUCCCUAAAGACACGGAAGCCCAGUCCAUCCAGAAGUGGAGGAUCUGACAGUGGUUGUGAAGGUGGAGAAGGUGUUGGCCUGAGUCCCCACACUGCAGCAUCUCAGGGUUCUGAUGGUUCAGAGGAAAGCGGGGCCUUGCUUAAGGUCACUAAAAAGAAGUCUGCUCUUCCAAAUCCAUUUCAUUUGGGGAACCUGAAAAAGGACCUUUCAGAAAAAGAACUGGAUAAAUAUAACACAAUGAAAUUGACGUCUGGUCCUGAGAACACACUUUUCCACUAUGUCGCCUUAGAAACAGUGCAAGGGAUCUUUAUUACUCCUACCCACGAAGAGGUGGCACAGCUAAGUGGCUCUAUUCACCCUCAGCUGAUAAAAAAUUUCCAUCAGUGUUGUCUCUCCAUUCGUGCAGUUUUCCAACAGACAUUGGUUGAAGAGAAGAAGAAAGCACUAAAUGGUGGAGAUCAUUCAGGUUCUACAAAUUCAGUGACUUCUCUUAACCCUGUGAAAGAACAUGGUGUAUUGUUUGAAUGCUCACCUGAAAACUGGACUGAUCAGAGAAAAACACCACCAGUUAUGGCUUACUGGGUAGUAGGAAUGUCAGCUCUAUGAGGUCAGGAAUUGAUCUGUCUUGUCCACCACUGGCACCUGCAACAGCACCUGGCACACGGUCACUUGAUAAAUAUGUAAGGAUUUAGUAAAUGGAGCUGCGCUUGGCAAAAUGUGGUGGUGGGUAGGUGGACUGAAAAACACAAAGCUAAACACAGUCAUUGCAUCUGAUGGUCUUACAUCUAGCAGAAGAAAUACGAAACAUGCUUAAAUACCUAUGUAUAUAUGGAUACAUAUUCUAUGGAGAUAGAAAGAUAGCUGGCUAUAUAUAGUAAAGUAGGUAAUACAACCAAACACUCUGGGAAUUCCGAGGAACGGGGGGAAAUUUAAGCUGAGAUUAUAAAGAAAGGCUUAGAGGUUCCAUUGAUCUGCUUUAGAAAAUGAAUUGGAUUUGGAUAGAGCAUUCUAGGAAAAGGAUGGGAUGAAUAAAAAUCCAAACAAAGGGAAAUCAUAAGGCAUGGCAGUGAGUAGACUGGUUUGCUAGGAUGGUAGGGGAAUGGCAUAUGGAAAGAUGAAGUGAAAGAUCAAGCUGGAAAGCUAAGUUAGGACCACUGCAGAGAGCCUUCAAUUCCUGACUAAGGAAUGGAAUUUUGAGGGAAAUAUUGAGCCACUGACAGUUCUUUGAGUUGCGGUAGAGAAUUGGUGGAGGAAGGAGCACAGAGUAAGGUGGGACUAAUGUUACUGGACACCUAUCAUAUAAUACUAAGCUGUAUGACAAACACUUUACAAAUGUUAUCCAAAGCAGUAAUUCCCAUGUGCUGGUCCACGGGAUUUAGAAUCACCUGAGUCACUUAUUAAAAUCAGAGAUGCCUGCAUCCCACCCCAGACCUACUGAACCAUAAUCUAUGGGAGUGGGACUCUGUAUGUUUAGUAAGCUCACUUGUGAUUCUGAUGUGUAACCAACCAAGUUUGGGAGCAUCAGCAUGAUCAAAACUCAGUGUAGUGUGAUCAGAGCUGUGCUAUUGGAAGAUCAAGCUGGGAGCAGCAAAUGAAAACGGUGUGGACACAAGAGAGAAUAGAGAUAAGAAGACCAGUUAGGCACACAUGCAGGUGUACAGUGGAGCCUUAACUACAUUCACAAUUGGAAUUGAAAAAAAUCAGUAGGUGUUGAAUUAUGACGAAGCUGAUCUAUAUAGAAUAGAGAAAUUUAAGGAAGUCAGGCAGAACUACACCUGAUUUAAAUGGCUUGAUUUGUAUACAUUAGUAUUGAUUAAAUAGACUAAAAUUUUUAACUCUUUAAGACAAUCAAAGUUUCAAUGUUAAUCCCAAUUCAAUGUCUAAUAACUAUUGUACUUAGAAUGAUGGUACACCAUUGGCUGUAUUGUAAUAAUAAUGACUAAAUUUAAUACUUUAAAACUGAGGGACAUGAUUAUACAUAUUGAUAAAACAGGCUUUUUACACUCUGGAAAAAUAAACAUAAUUGACCUAAGGCAUAUAUUAUUUAUUUUAUAAUAAAUCUAGCUGCAUUUCCCCCUACUGUAGAUUUAGAUUAGUGGUUUUGAAUUUACUACUUAUUCUUUCAGAAACAAAAAAAUUAAGUAAAAUAAAUUGAAGAGUUGGAGUCUUUUUCCUUUGUUUUUUUGUUUUUGGAA